GGAGGGGGGGGGUGGUGAUGUGCCAGGUGACAAAAAAAUAUUGGCUUGGUGGAGUGUGAAAAUUACAAUUUGCAUGGGAUUCCGAAAAAGUAAUGCAUUUAAGAAAUUUGGACAUUUAUAUAAGCUAUUUUUUCAUAUUUUUGCGAGUCGGACCGUACUUGUGAACUAUGAUUUAUUAUUGGUAUUGAAUGUGUAUUGUGUUUAUACCACCGAUGUGGGAGGCAGUAGAAAUGACUAAAGUUUUACAUGUUUUUGUUGGAUUCCACUACCCAGAAAAUAUAAACGACUGGCUACCGAUACAGAGAUAUACGUGCAGAGAAUAAAAAAAUUCACAAUGACGAGAAGACUGAAAAAAAAAAGUGUCGACCAGUCAGUGAAGACUGAAGAAGUAUGAAGUUCGCAGGGUGCUCUCCGCUUGCCGUUCAGCGCAACAAGAAUGGCUAUAUGGGUGCAUCAGACAGACUGUCCAUGCAUAUGGCAUCUGACAGGCAUCCAGCGACAUUCAUGUCACGAAACUAGUCAUCUUUUAAAUGCUGAUGUUCUCAAGAGCCAGAUCCACGUGAUGUAUGAGGGCAAGCACAUACACUUCUCCGAAGUGGACAACAAGCCAUUGUGCUCUUACAGCCCCAAGCUGUGCAAGCAGCGCAGACUCAACGGCUAUGCCUUCUGCAUCCGCCAUGUGCUGGAGGACAAGACCGCCCCCUUCAGGCAGUGCGAAUACGUGGCCAAGUACAACAGCCAGCGAUGCACCAACCCCAUCCCCAAGACUGAGGAACGCAGGUACUGCAACAGCCACCUGCAGGUCCUGGGGUUCCUCCCUAAGAAGGAGCGCAGGAGGAAGCAGGAGGCGCUGGAGGAGAUACGGGCGCGGCCUCACCUGGCGUCCGUGGCGCUCAACAUCACUGUGCCCUCGCUGGCUUUGACCACGCCCAACGGCCUCCACCACCUGCGGCGCUCUCCUCCCCGCCCCCCUCGCCCUGCUCCGUUGCCCCUGCCUGGGGCAGAGCUGCUCGACCCUUUCGCUUUUCAUGAGGAAGAGACGGACGGUGAGGAGGGCGGGGCUCGACAGCCCUCCAAUAGGAAGAAGCUGCAGAGGCAACACCCGCCUGAUGCGGACAUCCCCAAGCCCAAAGCAGAGCACUUUAGCCCCCUUCCCGCUCCCGGUCAGCGCCCCUCCUCCCCGACCACGCCCUGCCAGCAACCCCCUGCCCAACCCGCAGGUCUCCUCCUCUCUCAGGCCCAGCACCCGUACCUUCACCAGCACCCGCAAACGCAGGGCUUAUUAUGCAAACCGGCACGACCUCAGACCAGCGGCCUGCUGCCUCACCGGCUGCCCCUCAGCACCAAUCACAGCCUGGCGCAGGCUGCUGGCCCCUCCCUCGGCAGGAAAGCCCAGUCCGCGGCUCCUCCCACUGCCCCGCCCCUUCCCCCUGACGACAGGGACGUCUCGCAGCGACGCGCGGUGGCCAUGCGGCCGGUUGCCUUCUCCCCGCCCCCAGCCUGCCUGGCCAGGCUGCGUUACCUGGUGCGCCUGUGCUCUCAGCGACAACAGCAACACGGAGACCUCUUCCCUCACCUCGGGUUGGACUGGUCGGAAGACAGCACGGAGGAUGAAGAAGAGGAGAAAAUGCCGCCGUGUCACGACAGAUGGAGACCCCAGGAGAGAGACUCGCAGGACAACUCUGAAGAGGAGGGCGAAGGUUCCCGCGGCAGCAGGCUGGCUCGACUGUGCACUUACCUGCAGCAGAAAUACAAGAACCUGUGCAGCCAGGAGAGGGCAGCAAUGCGCCAGAGGAGAUACCGCUGUGCCUUUCGCAGAGCGCUGCUGCACGCAGCCAGCAAGGACCCCGACUGUGCCGCACAGCUGGUCCAGGAGCUGCGCAGGGUUUCUCACACACCUGCCAGUACGCGGUCAGUGCGGCGGCGCGCGGAGCCGGGGAUGUGCGCGGGCAGCAGUGAGGGACGGGCGUGCUGCAGCCGGGCCCUGCCCUUCACCCAGCACUGUUUCCAGCACAUACUGCUGAACCGCUCUCAGCAGCUCUUCUCCAGCUGCACCGCCAGGUUCGCCGACGGGCAGCAGUGCGCCGUCCCCGUGUUCGACAUCACGCACCAGACGCCCCUCUGCGAGGAGCAUGCCAAAAAAAUGGACAACUUCCUGCGCGGAGACGGCAGCCGCAGGGUGCAGCACCAGCCGCCGCAGCGCAAGCCGCGCAGGAAGACCAAGCCGCCGGCGCUCACCAAAAAACACAAGAAGAAGCGGCGGAGAGCACUGCGCCGGCCGCAGAAGCCCAUCCCCCCCGCGCUGCCCCAGGGCAACCUGGCAAUGCCCUCCAGCCUAUCGCUGCCCGCGCAGGCCGUCAGCAUCAGGACUCCUCCGACCCCUGACCUGAGCAACGAUGAGCUUCCUGAUGACAUCACCGACAUUCCACACGACCUCGAACUCAACCAAGAGGACUUCUCAGACGUGUUGCCAAGGCUACCGGACGACCUGCAGGACUUUGACUUGUUUGAAGGUAAGAACGGCGAGUUGCUGCCCACCACGGAGGAGGCGGAGGAGCUUGUGCGGGCGCUGCAGGCGAUGGGCUCGUACACGGACACGCUGGUGUGCCUGGGCACCCUGGCGGAGGGCGGCGUGCAGGGCGGGGGCAUAGGAGACCUGCUCGGCACCCGCAUGCCGGCCGAGAGCUUCGCCAGCCUGGAGCUGGACGACGGCCUGCUGCAGCCCCCCGGCGCGGGGGGGCACUACGCCCCCGCCCCCUCUCCUCCGCCCCACGCGGCCUCCACCUCCGCCCCCGCCGUCGCGACCUCCUCCACCUCCGCCCUGCUCGCACAGGGCCCCCCCGUGGACAGGACCUUGGCCUUCCCCCGGACGCACCCCUCCCAGCUGCUGCCCAAACCCUCCCCCCACGCCGGCCACUACGCCGAGCACGCCCCGUCCCCCUGGAGCGCCCUGUCGCUGCCGCUCGCCGACCCCUCGCAGUUCGGCGGCCUGGGGGGGCCGGAGGGCCUCCUGCUGUCCACCUCCCUGUCCACGCCCCCCUCCACCGCCCUGCCCCAGGGGGGUCUGACCCCGCCCGGCCCCGCCUCCUCCUCCUCCCCCGCGCAUCUCCUCCUGACCUCCCUGCAGCCCAAGCUGCAGCUGCCGCAGUUCAGCAGCGCGUUCGGCCUGCAGCUGGCCCCCCACAGCGGCAUCCCCACCGACCUGCAGCCCUCCCACAGCUCCACGGCGCCCCCCGCGGGCUUCUCCAUCGCCAGCGCCGCCACCGCCAGCGGCAGCGGCGUGGCCCCGCCCUUCCCCACCCAGUAGCGUGGGGUCGGGGGUCGGGGGGGGCGGAGACGGGGUGGAGUCCCCACGCCUUUCGCGGUUCCGCACAGCCUUUAAGCCCGUGAACCCCGCCCACCGCAGCGUCUGAGAGAGAGGGUGGGGGAAAGAUCUUUCCGGAAAUGAAAGAUCGUCAGCACGGCAGCGUCAGGGGACUGUGCCGAGGGCUCGUCAGUGACUCGUUGUGUUGACGGAUAACGCGCCUCUCCUUACUGUCAUCGUCGCAUCUCAUUCACAAGUAUUAUUAACAUUAUUCAUUAAAUGUAUUUAUUUAGCCUAUUCCUCGCAGCCGGCACCAUUUACCACAGAAACAGGCAUCGGUAUGCAUGUGUGUGUGUGUGUGUGUGUCUGCGUCCACACACGUGUGUGGCCCAUUGUGCCUCUACAGGUCAUUGUGUUACCCCCCAUCACGAGUUUGUCCUUCUCCCAAAUAUUCAUGAAUAGGUUCGUUAAAGUACUUUUAAACAGUCAUUUUUACAUUGUGUAUCUUUUACUGAUCCGCUGGGAAGCUCUGGAAGCUCAUCGUGUGAAAUCAGUGGCUUCAUAUUAGACACCUGAAGUCGAAUCUGGGAACUUUAAGCAAUAAACCGUCAGUGGCGUAUUCAUGUAGCGUUCUACCAUAUGGCAUCAGUCUUCACCGACUUCCAUUUCCAUUUGACAAUGCUUUUAAAUGCUUUUUUUCCAAAUAACUUCAAUGAAAAGGAAUAGAUAAAUCUGAUCACAGUAGUACUUUCUCCCUGUUCAUUACAGGGGGACUGGAUACCAAAGGGGGAGUGUGUGUGUGAGAGAGAGAGAGAGAGAGAUUGCCCAUUUUGUUCAGCAGCUGGAUUAAAGUGAUCUGGUUCUGUGUAAGGACAUGAGUAAACAGUGUAUUUAUACAGCACCUCUCACUCAGACAUCUUUGAGUCACACUGAGCAGGGUGGGGGGUGGGGGGUGGGGGGGGUGGUUUACCUCCACUGCCUCCCACCUGGGCACCUUAGCUGUUAAACUGCACCAGGAGAAACCCCUUUAAACUGUGUAUAAAACCUCGCUAAUCGCACCUGUACAACCCGGCUGGCUCCUCGUACCCCUUUCAACACUAGAGACGGAACCGGCUAGCGCACUGGACCUCUGUCCUGUUCGGACGCAGUGACGCUGGGCUGCGGGUGCACGGUGGGGAGGGAGUGUUCCCGUCUGCCUCUUCAGACGCACCCCUUUCCAGUCACCGGCCCCCUGCCGCACAGCUACAGGAACGCUUCUCAACCUUGGUUCCGCUGGGCUGGCAGGACGCGCUGGGUGUCGUUCUCAGCACUCGAUCGAUCGAUCGAUCGGAGCAGCCCGAUUGGACAGUGAACGAAAAAGCAGGAUACCCCAGGAUCAGGGUAGAGAAGCUGAACAGAAAGAGUUUUCUCCUUCUUGAAAAAACAAAAAACAAACAAACAAACAAAAAGCCAUAAAGCGAGUGCGUCUCUCAGACACAGGGAAAGUGAAGCGCUGACUGGGUUUAGGGUUUAGCUUUGGGGGGGUGGGGGUGGGGGGGACCGUCAUAUCAGUGAGCCAGGAAACGCGGUUACCUCCCCUGAUAGGAGGGAAAUGGUUCACCGCUCCAAAACUGGCAUUUUUAACAGGGCUCUCCGGGCACUUGUAACUGCUUUGAAAACCAAGAGGUUGCUGAGUGACUCCUGUACACACUGAAUGUACUGUAGUACUGUUUUAAAGGAGAAAUAGGCUGAGCUAAUAAUGAUAAUUAUGAUAAUAUAGUCACCUUUUCUUAUUGGCCCUUGUUUAAUUUAAGGUUUUUUUUGUUAUACAAAGUUUACAUUUUGAUGUAUAUAUAUAUAUAUAUGUGUGUACAAAUUAUGUAAUAAUGUGUAUAAACACGAUGUAAUAUCUGUAUAUAGCGUGACAGAUUUUGAUCUUUUUUGGACAUAUGAAUAAAACUUGCUGUGAGGUAUUCGCCAA